CUCCCCGUGCCCCGCCCCCGCCCCGCCCCGCCCCGCCCCGCCCCGCCCCGCCCCCGAGGCUCGGCCGUCGGGCGCUCGGCUCGCGACGGCGCGGCGGAUCGACGCCCUCGGCGCUCCGGCGGCGGAAGUGAGGGCGCUGGCGGCGGGGCGGCCGCGGCCCGGGAGCCCUCGGAGGAGCGCGGGGCCCCUGUCCGUGCGGGCCUCAGAUUACUUCUGUAGCUCGACCCCCAGUUUCCGCAACAAGCACGAUGUCUCGAUCACGACAGCCCCCCCUUGUGACAGGCAUCUCUCCAAAUGAAGGAAUCCCGUGGACAAAGGUCACGAUUAGAGGAGAAAACCUGGGGACCGGGACAGCUGACCUCAUAGGUCUGACAAUUUGUGGGCAUAAUUGCCUCCUGACAGCAGAGUGGAUGUCUGCGAGUAAAAUAGUAUGUCGAGUGGGACAGGCCAAGAACGACAAAGGGGACAUUAUUGUCACAACCAAGUCAGGUGGCAGAGGAACCUCCACAGUCGCCUUCAAGCUGCUCAAACCUGAGAAAAUAGGUAUUUUGGAUCAGUCCGCCGUGUGGGUCGAGGAGAUGAAUUACUAUGACAUGCGCACGGACAGGAAUAAAGGGAUUCCUCCCUUGUCCUUGCGUCCUGCUAAUCCACUCGGCAUUGAGAUUGAAAAAGGUAAAUUUCCCCAGAAGGACUUAGAAACGCUGUUCCCUGGAAUGAGUGCUGAUUUUACAAGUGAGAACUUCUCAGCUGCCUGGUACCUCAUAGAGAACCACUCCAACACCAGUUUUGAACAGCUCAAGAUGGCAGUCACGCACCUGAAGAGACAGGCCAACAAGAAGAGCGAGGGCAGCCUGGCUUACGUGAAAGGGGGGCUCAGUACUUUCUUUGAGGCGCAGGACGCCCUGUCAGCUAUCCAUCAAAAACUAGAAGCGGACGGGACGGAAAAAGUGGAAGGGUCCAUGACGCAGAAGCUGGAGAAUGUUCUGAACAGAGCAAGUAACACUGCGGACACAUUAUUUCAAGAAGUCCUAGGUCGAAAGGACAAGGCAGAUUCCACUAGAAAUGCACUCAAUGUGCUCCAGCGAUUUAAGUUUCUUUUCAACCUUCCUCUAAAUAUUGAAAGGAAUAUCCAAAAGGGUGAUUAUGAUGUGGUUAUUAACGAUUAUGAAAAGGCCAAGUCACUUUUUGGGAAAACGGAGGUGCAAGUUUUCAAGAAAUACUAUGCUGAAGUAGAAACACGGAUUGAAGCUUUAAGAGAAUUACUUCUGGCUAAGUUGCUUGAGACACCAUCGACCUUACAUGACCAAAAACGUUACAUAAGGUACCUGUCCGACCUCCGCGCGCCAGGCGACCCCGCGUGGCAGUGCAUCGGCGCGCAGCACCGGUGGGUCCUCCAGCUCAUGCAGCGCUGCCGGGAGGGCUGCGUGCGGGACCUCAGAGCUUGGAGAUAUAAAACUCCCCACCGGGUGGCAUUUGUUGAAAAAUUGACCAAGCUUGUUUUAAGUCAGCUGCCCAACUUCUGGAAACUCUGGAUUUCAUAUGUUAAUGGAAGCCUUUUCAGUGAGACUGCUGAGAAGUCAGGCCACAUUGAAAGAUCUAAGAAUGUAAGACAAAGACAAAAUGAUUUUAAGAAAAUGGUCCAGGAAGUGAUGCACUGCCUGGUGCGGCUGGUCCGCGGGGCCCUGCUCCCGCUCAGCGUGGCGGAGGGCGGAGGGCGGCAGCACGCGGGCUGGGAGGUGGAGGCGGAGCUCUCCGGGCAGUGGCUUGCGCACGUCAUCCAGACUCUGAGGCUUACUUAUGAGUCCUUGACGGCCCUCGAGAUUCCUACUGACCUGCUGCAGACGGUCCAGGACCUCAUCUUGGACCUGCGAGUGCGUUGUGUGGUGGUCACGCUGCAGCACACGGCAGAAGAGAUAAAGAGAUUGGCCGAAAAGGAGGACUGGGUUGUGGACAGUGAAGGCCUGACGUCUCUACCCUGCCAGUUUGAGCGCUGCGUGCUGCUCUCCCUGCAGUCGCUGCGAGGCGUCCUGGAGUGCAAGCCCGGAGAAGCCAGCGUCUUUCAGCAGCCCAGAACCCAGGAGGAGGUUUGCCAGCUGAGCAUCAAUAUCAUGCAGGUUUUUAUACACUGUCUGGAACAGUUGAGCUGCAAGCCCGAUGCUGACGUAGAUACUGCACAUCUCUCCGUUGACAUUUCAUCUCCUGAUUUGUUUGGAAGUAUCCAUGAAGACUUCAGUUUGACUUCUGAACAGCGACUUUUGAUAGUCCUGAGUAAUUGCUGCUACCUGGAACGUCACACCUUCCUAAAUAUAGCAGAGCAUUUUGAAAAGCACAACUUUCAGGGAAUAGAAAAAAUAACACAGGUUAGCAUGGCCUCCUUGAAAGAGUUGGACCAAAGACUCUUUGAAAACUACAUUGAAUUGAAGGCAGACCCCAUCGUUGGCUCCUUGGAACCUGGGAUUUAUGCAGGCUACUUUGACUGGAAGGACUGCCUGCCUCCGACAGUCAUUGCAGUCGUGAGGAGGAGGGAAGGCGUGUAUGUCACCGACGAUGUGCGCGAGCGGGGCGCCGGGCGGGGCCUGCAGGGGGCGCACGGAACCCGGAGCAGGACCGCUGCAGCUCAGCAGCGGGCCAGGUCCAGUUCUUGGAGGGCGCUGGGCCUGCCCGACGUCUGUGAGAGAGUCCUCGCGUGGACAGCUGGAGAAGACGCUUGCUUUCCGUUCACACGUCCCGCCAGCGCCAUCAGUUGCCUAAGGAAAGCAUCUUUCCACUGCCCUGUGAAGACUAUCUUGAUUGGCUGUUUUCCCCCAGCUCUGCUCUCUGAACACGCCUUCGUGUGUUUCGGGAGCGAGCGGCACGGAGGUCUGCACGAGGAGCUCGGAGCUGGCCAGGCUGCCUGCCGUUCACCUCAGCACAUCAGCGUCUCCGUCUAAACACUGGUUGCGUGCGUUGUUAAGCUGUAACCACCCGUAGGGAAAUCUUCUCCUGACACUUCUUGGGGAGUCACUAAGUGCUGUCCCCGGGCUGCUGCCAUCCUGCUUUCCGGGUCCUCCUGGUAGAUGAGUCCAAGGUCGGGGGAGCGGAGCGGAGGCUCUCACCCCAUCACCACCUCAGCCUGCGCGGAAGGAAGGAAAGAAAGCAUCAUCUGAAUCUUGGGGCCUGGGGAAUCAGUGAAUAACAGUCUUCCUCUCUGUCCAAAUUUCCAACCGACGGAAGGCUGAGACACGCGAGUCAGCAGGUGAGGAAGCCGUGCCGGAGGGUCCGAAGGAGAGCCCGGGGCCCCCAGCCCAGCCGUCUCCGCAAAGCAGCUCCUCUGCCUGCUCGCCGCCUCCCACGGUCGGGGCGGGGCACGAGGGAGAAGGGGGCACACCCCCAGGCACUGCCGAGCCCGCCGAAGGUGGACGGGGGCUGUCCUCCCCCGGGUGGCCCCACUCAGCUCCUUUAAAACACCAGACCUGAGCAUCCAGCAGGAGGUCGCGGGCUCUGGCUCUGCCGGCUCAUUUCAGCAGAUAAAAAUCUUUUGUCCCGUUAACAAACAAAGGAGCAGAAUUAUUUCAGAAUCUACAUAUUAAAUCCUAUUGCAAAUAAAAUACCGUGGCCAGCAGCUCAAGGGUCAGUGACCGAGGCAGUGUGCAGAGCUAGAAAGGGACCCCAAGCGUCUUUCCCUCCACAGCCCACAGCCAGCCUCUGGUCUGGAGGGUGGACCCAGCCCUGAGGCCCGCCCUCCCUCCUGCUCCUACAGCCCCGCCCCCCCGUCUCCAGGUCUCCUUCCACGCGCCCCCCCCCCCCCCCCACCACUGUGGCCACAGCCCUCGGCGGUGCCCAGCGCACAGAAAACCUUCCCUAACAGACUUAGUCCGUCAGUUGGUUGGUUAAUGAGAAACACCUUGGCGUAAAUUACUCAAGCAAGUAAAAUACUAAUUUACAGUUUAGUUUCUGCACUAAUAGAUAUUUUCAACAGAAUGUCAGACUGAAUUCUCUUUCAAUCCAGUUAAUGUUAAAGGAGAGAACUUUGGUUGAUUGAAUAAGGAAACAGUUACUAAAACUCACAUGUGAACCACCCGUUUAGAAAUCAUGAGAAUAUGGGGCGUCCCCGGUGGCGCCGGGGUUAAGAAUCCGCCUGCCAGUGCAGGGGACAUGGGUUCCAGCCCUGGGCCGGGAAGACCCCGCGUGCCGUGGAGCAGCUAAGCCCGUGCGCCACAACUGCUGAGCCUGUGCUCUAGAGCCCGCGAGCCAUGACUGCUGAAGCCGCCACGACUGCUGAAGCCCCCGCGCCUAGAGCCUUUGCUCCGCAGCAAGAGAAGCCACCGCACUGAGAAGCCCGCGCACCGCAACCAAGAGUAGCCCCCACUCGCCGCAACUAGAGAAAGCCCACGUGCGGCAGCAAAGACCCAGUGCAGCCAAUAAAUAAAUAAAAAAAUUCUAAAAUGAAAGAAAGCAUGAGAAUACUGUAUUAUCAAAUAGAUGUGACACCAACGGUCUCUGAAUGUCAUCUCGCCUUUCCAGAAUUACUCUGAAGACCGAGCUUUGCAGAAUUCUGAGGGCGCCUGUAGCAGCCUCACAUCCUUGGUGCUGUUGGUGGACAUUUCAACGUCUGUCCUCUUCUCGCACGUGGAGUGCAGUGCCGUCCUCUCAGGGCCGCUCCACAGGGUUCCUGCGCCCUGGUCACAGGGCGGUUUGGAACCUUGUUGCUUCUGCUUUUGAUCAAAACGGAUGCCAGUCGCGUAAACUCCACACGUGAAGAGAGACGUCUGAGUCAGUAGUCUUUCUCGGUACUGAACUCAGAAAGAAGAGUUUUAUCAAUUCCUUGGACUGUUUUUAAUUUCAUUUAAAAAAUACUGUCAGGUAGAUUUUAAUAAAUGUGUAUUUCAUUUGUUUAUAAGAGAAAAGCAAUUUUACGUUUUUCAAAGGAAGGAGGGUCCUGGUCAGUCAUCUUUUUUAAAUCACACUUUCAUUACUUCACUUCACUUCUUUCCCAGCCUUUUUCUCUUUUUCUGUAAGCAGUUUCAUGCAUCAGUGUCAGUGCUGUAAAACCGUUUAUACAGUGCUUUGGACGUUUGGUUACAGUUUGUCUGCCAAGCGUUUUUCAGUAAAGCUAAGUAUUGGCUCUGAUGGUAUUCAAUGUGAAAUGUAUUAACCUUGAGAUGACCUGUGGCCUACAUACUUUCUUCGUUGCACGCCUUAUCUGUCAAAGCAUUUGUUUUAUUAUGUCUUAAACCGAUAGCUGUUUGGCACCAGGGUAGACCACUGUGCUGUUCUUUGCAAAGGCCAUUAUUUUGGACGUUCCUGGACGUUUAUCGCAGCAGAACAGGGAAGAGCAGCUCCUGACCCAGAGGCAGCUCCAGCAGGGCCAGCCCUCUGCCCGCCUCCAGACGGAGGGCCGUUUCCCCCACACACGGGUCAGAUGAGGACUGAUUUCUUUGAAAGCAUAACCUCAUUAACGUAAUUUGUGAAUUUUAUCAAGUAUCCAGUCAGUGUCCAGAGUUCUCGUAAAAGCUUUUUCUGGAUAGUUUGUGGAGAUGGGGAUUCUGCCAAGGUCUGUGUGUUGCUUUUACUUGCUGUGUCUGAAGUUUUUUUUCCUCCUGGGGCCCCCUCUCCAGCUUACCUGUUGAGUCGGGUAGUUCUGCGGGCGUUCUCACGUGCUGGGUUUUUUACGUUGCCUCCUCGUGGUGUCAUUUGUCGUGUCCUCCGUCCCUCGGGUUCCCUUGGACGUGUGAUCAGUAGCGCAGCUUCACCCGUUUCCGGUUGGGUUUUGUUUUCAUUUGUUUUCUGCCACCAGCAGGUCCACCGUAUUUGAUUGCCUCCUUGUUUGUGAUGUUAGGAUUGGAAAUAGGAUUCCAGUGGUCCCAGCUUGCUCCACCCUGUAAAACUCUGUCAUAAACUUUGCAUCUCAUGGUUUUAGCACCACUUGGUAGUUGUUGGCCGUGAUCUCCUGUUUCCUCAGAGAUUGCAAACUAACGGUUGGAGCUGGAGCACAAAAUUGAAAAAUAAAAACUUCAUCAGUGUUACUGUUCGGUUGCUCUGAAGUACAGUUCAUACAGGAAAGGCAGGAUAAAUAUUUGAUUUUCUCCUCAUUUACAGUUUUCAGAAUGAGUUGGUUCCUUCAUGUUUUUUUAAAGGUGAUGAACAAGGUGUUGGUUUAAUUUUUUAAUUAUCUUUAUUAACUCAUGGCUUGAGCAUAUUUAAGGAGUUUCAAUCUGUUGUCGUGGCUGUUGUUUCAACAGGCAGGCUCUUCCCUCUCUGGCUGGGAGUCUCUCCCCGUGGCCCAGGCCCUCCCUGCUUUCUGUCAUCCGGCUGUCGUGCCCAGUGUGUGCCUUCUCCUCCCAUCGGACAGGAAUAAAGUGAUAGGAAAGGUGGAGAAGCUUCCUGUCUCUUAACUUUUACUCUCUCCACACUGUGUCUCUGUCCUUCCUAGGUGCCCCCCUCACUCUCGUUAAAUUGCACCCAAAAGUCCGUCGCGUGAUUGGACAAGCACGUUACCUGGUGGUUCUCAUAUCUCAGCGGUGGCGUCGCGUCCCGUCUCACCCACUGGCCUGCGCCCUGACAUCACGUUCCUGCCCAUCAGCUCGUGACUGGCUGUGUCCCCUCUGGCCAGUGAGGCGCUAGGAAAGCUGCAUGGAUGCUCUGGGAUUACAAGUCUGUGGAACGUCUGUUUCUAAGGUCCUGUGGACAGUGUUAGGGAUUUUUGUGCUUACUUCACCUGAUUUUGUUUGUCUGAUUAUGACCUAAAACUCAUUUACGCACUUCACAGCUGUGUGUGCGGUGGGACACAGCAAGAUAGUGGAUACGCGUACAUGCUUCCUACGUACGCUUUGGUGUUCCUUUCUUCAUGCAGCCAUUUUAUUAUCUCCUGUGACCUUGGCUACCUUUGAGGUUAAUGCUGACUCUAAACUUACAAGUAUUUGUCUUCAGACAGUUCUGUGUGAGGAGUUUUAAAGGGCGCUGGAGGGCCUGCUUUCGUUCUGGUCUGAGACUCAGGGCAGGACCUGAGAGCUGGUGGAGGCCUGGUGCCCCGGCACACGGAGCUGACAGCUGCGUCAGCCCCUCCGCUUGGCCACAGCCCAGCCAGCAAGUACACGGGCACCACGAUAGGGACAGUGACAGCCCCGCCGGCCAGGCGUUGGGCUGUCACUUUCGUGAGUUUAGCUUGGAUGUCGUAGCUUCGUUACCUCCACCCUGAUUCCUCCUCAGAACCAGAGCCUCAGGUCAUAUUCUCCUGGUUCUGCUGAAGAAGAUACACCGAUGAGGGUUAGCGCCUAUGCACUUGGCGUUGGCUGCGGGUCCAGUGGAGCUGCAGUCGUCUCAGUGUUUGGGUGGGUGAGGUGCGUUGCUGGCUUAGUGAGCAGACAACUUCAAAUUGUUGCUUUAACCUGAAAACAGUGGCAAGUGUUCAUUUUCCCAGUUAUUUAAAACAUGUAUCACAAUAGAAAGCUGAGGUUCAGGUGAUUCCAAACGUUGUAUUUCGACUUCGUAACAAAAAAGUGCUUUGAGAUGUUAGUCAGUGGUUAACAGAAUCUAAGGGAUUGAAGUCACAGUAGUGAAACUGAGGACAUACAGUUGUUUAAAAGAAACCCAAGAAGCUACUUUGUAGUCAGUGCAGAUACCUGAAGACUACAUGCGUGUGUGUGUGUGUGUGUGUGGGUGUGUGUGUGUGGGUGUGUAUGUGGUCUCCUUUUUUUAUUGGGAAUCAUUAUUAAUGACAUUACGUAGUUGUUGCCUCUCCCACAGGACUAAGCCUUGUCAGCACACCAGAGGCUAAUUGGCUAUAAUUCUGCCUCUCUGGACAGCCUUAGCUCCAACUAUAGUACAGCUAUUUUGAUGAUUUCAAAGGGAGCAAGAGAGAUUACAAAACAGCCAGGGGUAGACAAGGGGUUAGAAGACUUGGCGUGGAAAGGAUAGAAAGAUGUUAAAAUAAGAACUUCA